UCUGGGACGCUGCACGGCGGGCCAUGUUUAUAAAACAUCCCAAGACUGGUUCCACGUCUUGAUUGUGCACAACAAAGAUGAGAGUUUGUCUGGUACCUGAAAGCAGGUAACUCCGAGUCCAACGUACGCGUGAACAGUACAGAUCGACGUGAAACGCACAUAAGCUUUCAUGUAAUCACAAUUGUGUUUGAGGGGCCAGAGAAAGGGGAAAUUGCGGAACGGUCUGCUGUUCCUUCGACAAAAUCAUGGCAAAUAAGCUCAGGACUGUAAUAUGUUUGCUGAGAAAUGACCUGCGAUAUCACGACAACGAGGUUCUCCAUUGGGCCAAUCAGAAUGCAGAUUACGUUCUUCCGUUGUACUGUUUAGACCCUCGUCACUACCAUGGCACCUGGCACUUCUCUUUUCCCAAGACAGGGCCUCACCGCCUGAAGUUCCUCCUUCAAAGCCUUCAAGAUCUCAAGGAAACCCUGCAACAAGUUGGCAGUGAUCUGGUCAUCAGCAGAGGGAAACCAGAAUCUGUCAUUCAGGACUUGGUUCGUCAACUAGGCAAGGACAAUGUGAAAGCUGUAGCAUUACAGGAAGAGGCUACGAGAGAGGAAUUGGAUGUAGAGGCUGCCAUUGCAAAAUCCUGCCAGGUUCCUGUCCAGAAGUUCUGGGGUUCAACUCUCUACCACAGAGAUGAUAUUCCGUUCAGGAUACGAGAAUUGCCAAACGUGUUCACUGAGUUUCGCAAGAAGACAGAAAACCAGUCCAGAGUGCGCCCCACCUUUCCCAUGCCGAGUAGGCUGAAUCCUCUCCCACCAGGGAUUGAUCCUGGCCUCACCCCUAGCAUGGAGGAUAUGGGAAUGGCAGAACCAGUGAAGGAUGAUCGUUCUGCCUUUCCCUACAGCGGAGGAGAGAGACAAGCAUUAACAAGAAUUCAGCAUUAUUUCUGGGAUUAUGACUAUGUAGCUACUUACAAGGAAACACGCAAUGGGCUCAUUGGAGCAGAUUACUCAACCAAGUUUUCUUCCUGGUUGGCUCUGGGAUGUCUGUCUCCAAGGAGAAUCUAUGAAGAGAUCAAGAAAUAUGAGAAGGAAAGAAGAGCCAACCAAUCAACCUACUGGGUUUUGUUUGAACUUUUGUGGAGGGAUUACUUCAAGUUUGUGGCCCUAAAGUUUGGAGAUCGACUCUUCUAUCUCAGUGGCCUCCUUGGCAACCGACGAGAGUGGAGGGAGAACAAAGCGCUAUUUGAUGCCUGGAGGGAGGGACAGACCGGGGUCCCCUUUGUUGAUGCCAACAUGCGAGAGUUGGCAGCCACGGGGUUCAUGUCCAACCGCGGCCGACAGAACGUAGCAAGCUUCUUGACCAAAGACCUCAAGUUGGACUGGCGAUUGGGAGCCGAAUGGUUUGAGCAUCUGUUGAUUGAUCAUGACGUGUGUAGUAACUAUGGCAACUGGCUAUACUGCGCUGGAGUUGGCAAUGAUCCAAGACAGGACAGAAAGUUCAACAUGAUUAAGCAGGGAUUGGAUUAUGAUGCUCAGGGUGACUAUGUGAGGCUGUGGGUGCCUGAACUUCAAGGCAUCAAGGGUGGUGCUGUACACACCCCCUGGGCCCUCAGCAGCUCUCUGCUCAUUCAGGCUAACGUCAGGCUUGGCCACACUUACCCCAUGCCCAUUGUGAAGUCACCGGAGUGGGGCAAGUAUACAGGAAGUCAGGAAAGAGGAAAAAGUGGGAAGGGACCAGGCCCAAGACAGCAGACCAGAGGACUUGAUUUCUACUUCUCCAGCGCCAAGCAGAGGGGCCAUAAGAAGUGAGAGGAGUCAGCAGAUUGGAUCGUGUUGUUAAUUUCAAACGAGGGGAAACAAAAGUGAAAUCCGACCAUGCGAUUUAAAGUCCUAACCGUCCAGCUGUGUUAGAAUCAGAUCGAAUUUGGGGAUUUGGGAUUAUUGGGUUUGGUCCUUACGUAUUUGCAAAGUGUUACUAUUAAUGGAACUUGUGUAUCAUAGGUUGUUUGAUAUUCAAAUCCUUGGCCUCAUUUCCACAAACCUUUAGAAGGGAUCUUGAUGUUGAAAGCAUAUAUUAAAUACAAAGUGUUUUUGGUUGGUUAUUUAUUGUAUUUCUGAUUAAGAUAUGCACCUGUUAAAUAAAUUUUAGGCAUCCUGAGACCGGAGACUCUACGUGGUUACAUAACUUUGACUGAUGGAUUAGUAAGCCUUUUGCGAGUUAAAUUUGAAUAAAAUCUGGUAAACUGAGUUCUUUAACUUUA